AACACAUAGGAACUGUAUAUACGUCCCAUCGAGCCACCGAGCACUGUAAAAGGAGACACAACUGAAGCGCAUUCGGCAUGGAGGUAAAAGACGCCAACGCCGCAAUGCUGAGCAAUUAUGAGGUGUACCAGCUGUUGGCGGACCUGAAGGACCAGCGGAAAGAAAGUGGGAAAAACAAACACAGUGCCGGGCAACAGAACCUCAACACCAUCAUGUAUGAGACCACGAAGUAUCUGGCCAAGAUGCCAUGUAGCCGCCAGAGUCCAGAAAUAGUGAAAGAGUUUCUCAGCGCCAUGUUACCGCACAAGCUCACCAAAGCAGAAAAGCUGCAGCUCCUGAACCACCGGCCGCAGACUGCUGUCGAGAUCCAGCUGAUGGUGGAGGAGAGCGAGGAGAGGCUGACGGAGGACCAGAUUGAGGAGCUACUGCAGAAGGUGACGGAGAUCCUCCCCGGGGACCCUCAGCAGGAGAGUGGCACCGAGCCGGGGGAUGCCGGCGUGGACGAUGAGGAGGCCGAGGAGCAGUGAGGAGUGUCAGGCGGGCCGGGCCAGGUGGCGGGACAUGCUUCGAACCUGACUGCAACAGACUGUGUGGCAGGACUGCUUUCACUGAUUACAGAACAGCGGGUCUGUUUAUUGGUCUCAUGUUUCACUUUGUGCACAACAGUCUCGGCUGUGGAUCCCAGGGUAAUUCGAAGGGGUGGGGGGUACGGGAUGCAGCGGGAGGAGAAAUACAAUAAGGUGUCAAAUCUAAUUAUUCAGCUGCUUGUGUGUGUGUGUGUGUGUGUGUGUGUGUGUGUGUGUGUGUGUGUGUGUGUGUUUUUU